AUUCUGUGGUAUGUGGUUAUUGGCAGAAGUAAUAGCGGACGUAUAUACUAGCAAAUACUGCCGCUUCAAAAUCGGAAUCUUUCAGCCAACCAGGUGAGAGGGUAAAGAAAAUUUUCAAGAAAGGAAUAUUUUUGUAACUAAAAUUAGCCAAUAAUACUGCCAAUCCUUCAUAUUCAAGAAUCAUCUUUUGAAAUUGUGUGUGUUGUGCUUGGGGUAAGUGACCAAUCAAAGCGAUUUGGUAUUGGAGCAACAUUCCUAGUUGUCUGUUCACUCGGAUGACAUUUUAUGGAAAUUUAUAAAAUGUUGGCUAUGGUAUGGCUACACCUCUGUUAAUGGAAUACACCAUUUCCCUGCUACAGAUUCUGCCUUCAACUAAAGUGAUAUACCAUGUGCCUUCUCAGUUGAAUGUUUUGUUGUGUUUCUGCAAUGUGUGCCAUGUAGUGGAUUAAACUUUGGAUACCUGUCACUUCAAAAAUUUCAGAAAAAUGUUCCAUCCAAAAGUGCCUAGUUCUUUGUUUCGUAACAGCCUUAAAUUCAGCAUCCAACAUGCGUAAGAAAAAGCCCUUACGAGAUUUUACUUUAGUCUUGCAAGCAAUCGACUCAUCACCGACUGAGUCGGUGUUGUAAAGUCGAGGCUAAAGUGAAAAAAAACGUAUUCUAAGUUAUUUUUAGGCUUUUAAUCUGUCAACUUGUUGGUAAUGUAAGGUAAGAAAGAGUUCAGGUUAUAGAAAAAAUUGGGGGAAAGCAUCAAAACUUCAACACUUCGGUACCUGUACAUAUGCUAAAUCAGGACGAAAACCGCAACAAGCCAAAAUUUUUAGUGUUGAAUCAAAAUGCAAUCGUCAAUGGUACUCACCACUCUUACUUCGAAAACGGCAUGCCGCCGAUGAUUCGUGACAAUACUCCACAUGCACGCAGGGAUGUGGGAACACCAGUGUCAUGUACACGUGUGACAACGGAGCUGGGGGUCUCUGUGGCCUCUGCAGUUUACUCAGUGGCUACUACUUCUGUCAAGCGGGCAGAGUCGCUCCAUCGUAAAGGGGAGUGUGCAAAUGGAGCAACUCCGCCAGGACCCCCAAAUGGCUCCGUUAAAUCUUCUCGAGAUGGAUACCGUGAAAAGGCACUGGAAGAGAUUCGCAAUAGUCUCAAACCAUAUGCCACAUCUGAUCCACAUGGUGAGGGAAUAUAUGAAUUUAGCAGUGCAAGUAGCAGUGCUAGCGAAAGCAGUGGCGCUAGUCAAGCUACUACUAACUGGAGUUCUAAUGGAUUGAAUCAGAAUCUCAAUAUGCAACAAGCUUUCAAGCAUCUCAUUGCUGCAGGGCAUAGUGAAGAAUCAGCUGCUUAUCUUUUAAAAUUGACCUCUGAAGAACACAUGAAAGAUUAUGAAGAGCCUAAAAGUGACACUGUUAAUGGGGUUUCGAAAAUAGGGAUUCCUAAUGCUUAUAAAUAUAAACCUCAACCUAAAAUCUUAGAUCAAGAUUCAUCAUCAUCAUCUGAAUAUUCUGCAAUAAACAGUAUCCGUGCUCCUGAAAUUUCUCGUCAUGAUGGUGCUAGUAUCUGCAUCACUGGCCUAAGACACAAAAUCUUACCUGACCCACCAAAAUUAAUUUAUGGAAGUUCACUUGCUAAUUGUGAAGUUUCAUCCAACUAUAGAAUAAAUGCAGCAAAUGAUUACUCCAGCAAUGAUGUUCCACCGCCCCUUCCUCCACCCAGAGGCACUGUGUGUCCUCCUCCCACUCCACCAAGAAGUACUCCUCCUGUUCCACCAUCUGUGAAUUCUGUUGUUUCAGAACUGCCACAUCCUACUACAAAUGGGGUUGGAGCUCACAAACAGCCGUAUAUGAGACGCAUGUCACCGGUGCCAACUUCUUCAUGGCAAGCGCUCAACUAUACUUCUUCUGCCAGCUCCACACCACAGCGUGGAACCAGCCCAAUAACUUCAAAUCGUACCCCUAUGGUGGUUGUAAACAAUUCCCAAACCCAUCAACAACUGGCACAGCAGUUGCAAGCUUUAUCUAUAAAUUCAAAUGGAUCAUCAAUAUCUUCUCCUUCUCGAAGUGAAGGUCCUUAUCAAGCUGGUGGUUCACAGAGUGGAAAAUCUUGGUAUUCUUCUUCUCCCCAGCCAUCUUAUGCAUCCUCAAGUUCUGGUAGACAUAGUCCAACCCCAACUAUCAGUAGUAGUGAGUAUUCUAUACCACCAGUGUUCCAGCUGAAACGGACUCCUCCACCUGCAUAUACACCUCCCUCUUCCUAUUCUUCCUCUCCACAGCCUUCUCCACAACACCGGGCACCUUCACCUGGUGCAGUUGCUGCUAGCUCUGUUACAUCUGUCUUGACUCGUCCUGGCGCUUUGCAGGCUUGGAGUUCAAGACAAGCCAAGUCACAGUCUCCUAUUAUAAUGCAGUCAGUUAAAAGUACACAAGUUCAGAAACCUGUUUUACAAACAGCAGUAGCUCCAACUUCACCUCCACCUUCUUGCACUGUUGCUCCAGGUUUUGCCACAUCCUGUCAGCAACCAGCUGUUUCAAAUCCUCCUCCACCAUAUCCAGUACACAAGGUAACAUCUGCUGCAAGUAUCAAUACUACAGUUUCUUCUCAAGAUGCAAACCCUGCAUUGUUUUCCUCUGGAAAUUCAGUGUCUUCUUCAGUGAGAUCUUUAGAAUCUUCAAAUCCUCCACCUCUUUAUCCACGUAAUCAAAAUAAACCUCAUACAACUGCUGUGAAUCAUGUUCCUGAUCCACCACCUUAUCCUGUUUCUAGUGUGCCUCAAUCUUCUAUUCCUCCCUCACCUACUCCUCCUCCAUAUAAUAAUCCAAUGUGGCAAGUGUUAUCUUGCUCUUCACAAAAUAUAACCAGCCAACCCCCACCUUAUCUCACUUCAAAUCAAAAGCCAGACCUAGAACCUUCAAUAACAGAAAGCUUGCAGCCCCUUUAUUCACCUCUAGAAAAUCGUCAAGAGAAAUGGCCAGAGCAAUGUAGCAAUCUAUCUCCAGAAAUAUCACCUGUGGAUAAUUGCCCCCUUUCCAAUGUUCCCACAACUGACCCACCAAGCUAUGCUUCCAGCAUGGCUGCACUUACUGCCCAAAGAGCAGCAGCAGCUCGAAUGACAAAGCUCAAUAAUAAUGUGCCAACUCUUGUGAACAAUGGGCCAUCUUCCUGUACUUUUAAAAGUGGUUCUAUGAUGACACCAUCUUGUGUUGACCCGGUCCUUAGUAGUGCGAAGGCUACAUCCAAUCUUGUAAAUACCGUGGACAGCAUCUGUACUUCUCAAAUAACUGCUCUUCCAGGAUCAUAUGUUAAUAAUAUUAAUGAUAUGCCUGAAGAUGCUUUUUCAUUCUUUGACAAUCAUCAUACUACCAUCCACCGCAAGCCAUCUCCAAUAGCAAUGGAUACUGCCAGCUCCGCCUCUCGUUCUGAAUCUCCGGUGUCCAGAGCUGUCAAUCAAUCUCCAGUAUCUUUCAUGUCAACAACAUCAACGUCCUCACCAUCUACUCGCUCUGAUUCGACGCAGGAUUCCUCUAAUAAGUUGGUUCACCAUAAAGUUGUUCAGCAGUCACCUCCACCUCCUCGAAAGAUUCUAUCUAAGGAAAAGGAGAAAGAACGACGUGAGAGCAAAGUGAGGAACUAUUCAGCUGCUGCCUUCAAAUUCUUUAUGGAACAGCAUGUUGAGAAUCUUUUGAAAUCUCACCAAGAGCGCCAACAUCGUCGACAACAACUUGAAUCUGAGAUGGCUAAGGCAGGUUUGGAUAAAGAGGCUCAGUGUGAGAUUCGCAAGAUGCUUCACCAAAAGGAAUCUAAUUACAUCCGCUUGAAGCGGGCAAAAAUGAACAAGUCUAUGUUCCAUAAAAUAAGAACUAUUGGCAUUGGUGCUUUUGGUGAAGUAGCAUUGGUUCGUAAAGUGGAUGCCAAUCAACUAUAUGCGAUGAAAACUUUAAGGAAAUCGGAUGUUCUGAAACGAAAUCAGGUAGCCCAUGUCAAAGCUGAACGAGAUAUCCUGGCCGAAGCAGAUAAUGAAUGGGUCGUUAAACUUUAUUACUCCUUCCAAGAUGAUGAAAAUUUGUACUUUGUUAUGGAUUUUAUACAAGGUGGGGAUUUGAUGUCACUGCUUAUCAAAUUAGGUGUAUUCUCUGAAGAACUGGCAAGGUUCUAUAUUGCAGAACUUGUGCUAGCUGUGGAGAGUGUGCAUAAGAUGGGGUUCAUCCAUAGAGAUAUAAAACCUGACAAUAUUCUUAUUGAUCGGGAUGGUCACAUAAAAUUGACUGACUUUGGACUUUGUACAGGUUUCCGAUGGACUCACAAUUCCAAAUAUUACCAAAGAAAUGGUGAGCAUGGUCGACAGGAUUCCAUGGAUUUGGAUGACAAGUGGAGCAAUGAGUGCCACUGCAAACCUAAUGCAAACCUGAAGCCUCUCGAAAGGAGGAGGCGGAGGGAGCACCAGCGUUGUCUUGCACACUCCUUGGUGGGAACUCCCAACUACAUUGCUCCUGAAGUCUUGCUCAAAAUAGGUUAUACCCAACUCUGUGAUUGGUGGAGUGUGGGUGUCAUUCUGUAUGAAAUGCUCAUUGGUCAACCUCCAUUUUAUGCUAGCACUCCUGCUGAGACUCAGUUAAAAGUCAUCAACUGGGAGACUUCUCUGCGAAUUCCAAAAAAGGCCAAUAUUGCUGAUUCUGCUGCCGACUUAAUCCUCCAACUGUGUCGUGUGGCUGAGUCUCGAUUAGGCCGCAAUGGCGUUGAUGAAAUCAAACAGCACCCCUUCUUUGCUCCUAUUGACUUCAAUAGCGACCUUCGUAAAACUCGUGCCCCUUACAUCCCAAAAAUAACACACUCCACUGAUACUUCAAAUUUCGAUCCAAUUGAUUCUGGGAAACUACGAAGCAGUUCAGAAUCCAGUGAUUCAGGAGACCUUAAUGACCGUGGUGCUGAUAAUGAUAAGCAUCCAGAGCAUGCCUUCUUGGAAUUCACAUUUCGACGUUUCUUUGAUGAUGGUGGGCAAGUGUAUCCCAGCCGCACUCCAUCAUUAGAUGAGACACCCGACAAGCAGAGUUCUCCGGUAUACGUAUGACAAUACGAAAGGCUUUUAGUUUUUUUUCUCCCUUGUGUGAAAGAUUUCUUGUAUUUUGACUUUCAAAAAAAAAAUCCCUUCUUCAUUUGCUAAAGAGAAGAGACUUCACAAAAUAGGCGGCAUUCUAGUUAUGAGAUGUAAAUGUGUUGUAGGCUGAAAUUUCUAUCCGUUAACAAUGUGGUUUCAAUAAUUAGAGUUAUUGGGUAAUAAUUUGAUUUUUUUACCCGCUGUGUUCAUAGGAAAGUAAGUUGACAUAAAAAAAUCAACCCCAAAAAAAACAUUAAUUUGUCAAACUAUAUAUGCAUAUUUGAAAUAUCUGAUAUCUUUCUAUUUUUAAUAAUUGCUUCUAUAAAUUUAUAGCAAUUUCUUGCUAAUAUUUAACUAUGCAAUAGAUAUGAGAUAAUUUGGUUCUUUUUCAUUAGCUUGACAAUAGAAAUAUAGGCUAUACUUGCCAUUUUCCUGUUAACAGUGGACUUAGUAUAGAAACCUUUUAAUGCAAAGUGUGCAAUAGCAAUGUAAGGUUUUUAUACUUGAUACACGCACAUGUUGUAAUGGAAACAAAUUUUGUUUGUCAGAAAUGCUGUAUAUUUAGUUAAUUUGUUAAUUAGAAAUAGGAUAUAUAAUAUUUGAGUCAAUUCUAAACAGUGAAAAAUACAAUAUGUUGAUACAUUAUAUUUGGAUUUAAAUUGCCAUUAGCUUACAAAUGUUUCCUUUUAUGUCUCAUUCUCAUCGCUUUUGUGGAAGUUCCACCUAUUCUUAUGUAAGUUGAUAUGUAUAGAUAGAAAGAUAUAUUCAUUUAUUAUUUAUUAUCUAAUGAUUGGAUAGAUUCUGUUUGGAAGUAUUUAUGAACAUAGGUUGAAUGUUUUGACCUGAUGAAAUAAACCGUUAAAUUUGAUGAGAAAAUUCAGAAUUUUAUUUUAUAUUAUAUUAUUUAUAUAUUUCAGAAAAUUUUUAAUGCGAUAAAUGAAAUGUCCCAUGCAUUCUGAAACAGAAUGCAAUUUAUGGUUUAAAUUUUUAUAAUGAAGUAUGUUACUGUUUUACUACUUCACAUAGUUAUGGGAUGUAUUUUAUUGUUAUAUAGUGAAAACAUUUUUUUUUUAGAAAUUGAGUAUUAAACUACUUCUAUAUAAAAUUAUAUUAUGUACACGGCUUAUAUAAGAGAAAAAAAUACUGCAGAUAGUUUUACUACUUGUGCAUUUAAUUAGAACAUUGUCAAAAGAAUCGGGUGAGAAGAAGAGAGGUAUUUAUAUUAUGAGUACCGAUACUUGUUCUGUCCUCAUGGAUUUUUUUAGGGGGGGGGGGUGAGAUUAAUUAUUGCCAUUAAAGCUUAGCAGUAAUUUGUUAUAAUCAAUGUGCCUUUGUAUAUUGUUACAGACUCUGUUAAUAACUAUUCAUUAAUUACUCCUACUCACCACUAAGGCACACAGAAAGAUUUGAAUGACCAGACAAUAGCCAUAACUUUGGUGAGGACUAAGGUUAAGUCCUAAAGGCCAGCACUGGCCAUGAUACAACCCCUCUCCAUUUGAGAGGCAUGUCCCGUUAUCAGUAGGGGGUAGCAACCUCACACCAUUUAUGUACCCACUUAGGUGUCAAGAAACAACUACCAUACUAGAAGCUUCUCAUUCUCAUAUCUGAGGUGUCCCCAGUGGGCUCUGUUAAUAAAUUUGGUUUGAAUUUUUCGAAGUUAAUGAGAAAUUUAAGUGAAGUAUAGCUAUGAUUUAAAGUGUUAGAUAAAUUACUAAUGUUUUACAUAUUGGAUGAAUCAUAAAAGAGAAGGGAAAUCAAUACAUAAGAAAUCAUGAACUUAUUAAUUAGAUGUAGAAUCGUAUUUUUUUACUUUGAUUCUAUGAGAAUUGUUUGAAGAUUUGUUAUGUUUAUCAUAAGUUUAAAUUGACCUUUUGCGAUCUUAAUUGUGUCAUGAUAAUUUGAUUGCUUUACAUUUUUUUUUUUAAUAAUUCAGUGUACAUAUCUAUACCUUUUGGAAUUUUGCAAUUGAAUUGCAAUAUCUAGUCACUGAAUUAAUUUCGGUUGAUAUCUAUUUAUAAAAAAAAUGGGGGCAGGGAGGUUAAUUCUUCUUUUGAGGAAUAUUUGAAAAAUAUUUAUAAUUUGUUUAUAAUUAAAAUAUGCUUAUUCCUUGUUUUUUUAUUGGUACAGGGCCUUUUUUUUUAAAAAACCUGUGAUAAAUUUCAAAAGUAAUAGAUUCAAUCUGUGGUAUGAUGUAUUAAAUAGUUAUCUAAAAAAGAAUGAUAAAACUUUAUGCUACAUUAAUUUUUCUUUUAAUAUUGUAAUAUAAAUUGCAGCAUAAUUUCAUUUGAAUGUAAUCAAACAAUAGAAAAUUACCAUUUGGUGUAUUUCAGUCCAUUAUUUUAAACUGUUCCCAAGUAUAUAUAUAGUGUCCCAUGCAUAUUAUUUAAAUUCCAAAUGUGCACACUGUCAACUAUUUUUUUAUGUAAAAAUCAAUUUGAGAAACAUUCAAUAUUAAUGUUUUCCUCACCUUGCAAUGCUUUAGGGAAACAGCUUUCUGUAUUUUCUAAUUGAUUCAUCAGUUAGUAACUUCAACCAUUUGAUGUUAAAACCCUUUCAAACCUAAUUUUUAGUUUUUAAUGUGGGCAACUUUUUUUUUCUCCAUAAAACAUGAUGACCCAUCAAUCAAAUGGAACUUUUUUAAAUCAGUUUAUAAGAAUGCUUGAUAGUUCUAUUUUUAUACGAAUGUUAAAAAUUAAGCUAAGAAAGUCUUUCAGUAUAUUUAAUAAUCAGCAAUAUCUUCUAUAUACUGUUAAUAUAAUUAUAAAUAGAGCAUAACUUUUUAAAAUGUUACUGAAAAGUAUGACAGGAAUCAAACUCGACUUCUCAAAAUGUAACAGAAUAUUGGAAAUCUGUAAAGUAUGCAUUUCAUUCUAUUUUUUAAUUAGUGAAUAAAUAUUGAAUCACUUGAUGAUAUGUUCUUCAAUUCAUAAAUCAUUUUUUUAAAUCUUCUCAAUAUAGAUUUUCAUAAUGGCAACUGUGAUAAUUUUACGGUGUGAAAUUAAAAAGUUUGAAGUACUGAAUUUUUAGCUUAGCAUAUUUACAUUUGACAGAGUUCUUAACAACUGCUUGCCUAGAAGACUAUUUUUAUAUACAGACUUUUUGCUAAGGAAAAACUAGUGCUCUAUAGAACACUGUUGUUCGAAAAACAUCUUGUAAAUACUGCAUUACUGUUGUAUUCUCUCAGCCUUGUAUAGCAUUUUCAUUAACACUUUGUAAAUAGUGGAUUUUCUGAUUUGUGCAUUGCUCUGUGUGAUUGAUUGUUUAUAUAGAAUGCUGAAGGUUUACAUCAAAGGGCAUUGAAUAGCCUCUUCUGUACAGGUUUCAAAUAAAAAAAAAAAAAUGUUUGUUUUUAAAACUA